UUAACAUAAUGCAACGUCAAUAAAUUAAUCUCAGCAUUGUGUGGCGUUUUGAAGCGGAGAUAGCGGACAUGGAAAUAGCUCCAAUUCACAUCUGGCAUUUCAGUAACGAUUGUCUAUGACGGCGAUAUGCAAAAUACUGUGAAUAUUUGGAUGGACUCACUUAAUGACGAAGAAAGGCUCGCCGGAUGAGAUCGAGGAUUCUGCAAUAUGGUCGAGCUUAGUGGGAAACAUUGUCGCCGUCAUCAUGUCCGCCUACUUUUGGUUUCUGAGCAACGGAAAAUGCCCAAAAAAAUCUCCAAACUCAUACGACACGAACAGCCUGAAUAAUGCUAUCAAUGAUCUCAAGAAAAUGGCCGAGGAAAUACACAACUCAACAUCCAAACCAUACACCGAUAUCGAAUCAACUGCGACAGAAUGUACUUGCACAAACGAAAACAACUCCAAAUCUCCGUCAGAUAACGUGAGCCCGACGGAAUCAAACAAAGAAGUAUCUGAACCGGCCAAGGUCACCAAAGGAUGCAGUUGUCAAACAAUCGAAAACAUGGGAUCCUUCAGAGCGAAAUACACCACGGCACCAUAUCCAAUCGCCAACUCUACCAAAAAUCAAGAAUAUCGUCCCUAUCAUGAACCUUCUAGAGCUGUUAAGAAAAAGGUCAAGUCCAAAGCAAAGCGAUCUAAACCGAAGCAAAAAAAGAACGCAGAUUUACAAGAAAUACCCUGUUACUUAAAAUGUUUUGCAGAGGAGAUGCAGAAUAGAAAUUGUGGAAACAAGAACUGUCCUGUUGCAGUUCACUAUUGCACGAACAAGGAAUGCAAUGAAGAUACAAUACAGAAGGAAACCGCUACACCGCUCUAUCAAGAUGCUUCUUGUCCCAAUGAAGAUGUCCAAGCUGAUAGUUCGGAGACAUCGUCUAUGAACUGUAGUUCAUCGUGCAGUGUUCUCAAGAAUACAAAACAUCCGUGUUCUUAUUACGUAAAUGAACAAUACAAUGAGAGUACCCAAGUCACUCAAGUCACCGAAGUUACUGAAACGGUCGAAGAGACUCAGGAGAUAAAAGAAUUUGAGCAAGAGGAGAGUCAAACUGAUCCAUAUUCGGUGACGCUUAGGAAUUAUUCGCAGACCGAGCAAGAGUAUGAUGAGCAGGAGGAAGCUUGUACCCCGUGCUAUAGCAAGAGGCAAUGCCAGGAUAUACCUUGCACUCCAAAAUCGGGACCUUCUUACUAUAAUGGAAAUGCUUAUGCAGAUCAAACCAGCAGGCCAAAACCAGCUACAAUUCAGUAUGCACCAAAUUAUUACAUGGACCAACAACCAGUACAAUCCCAUCAAGGGUAUACUCAGCAGCAAGGGUACAAUCCGAUGUAUGCUACUAGUACUGAUCGUGGUUAUAGAACAUUAGGUGUAGCACCAACAGCUGCUAACUAUAUGAAACGGAUUCCUCAAUGUGAGAUGAAUGAUCAAUAUAAGGUUGCUCGACAGCGUCAAUUAGCAGUGCAAAAGUCAAACUUUCCACCAGAUUAUUACGGAUCUGCGAAUGCUAGGGCCGUACAGCCUGGAGCUUAUAUGAAUCUAAUGAUCAAUUCACCGUACAACGAGAAGACCAUCAACAAUCAGUCACUGAGCAGGAAUGAGGCAUACGCUGAGUCUUCUAAUUCACAUCCAUUUCAAAGAACAAACUUUAGCAAUUGUCCCACGACAUGUCCAAAUCGUAGACCGCUCGGCGGCCAGCAGCAGCCGUUGUCUUUGAUGCCUAAUGGUGCAAUACCUAUUAGGAGUUCGCAGAAUACGUUGUCGGUGCAGAAAUGCUCAAAAUGAGGAUGUUUGUAAAGAAAAACGUGGAAAUAAAAACAAAGGAAACUGCAUUGCACAAUAUAAUUUAAUUAUUUUUUUUACCACAUUCAAAUUUGAUAUAUAACAUCUAUAUAAUAAGUAUGAUCUCGUGCUUGAGUGCUUAAUACGAAUAAUAGUCUAAAUACAAAACUCAAAUGUGUAAAAUACAGAGUGCACACCGAAUAAUUUAUAUAAUACAGAUAUAUGCGCGAAAGUGGAAAUAGUGUGCACAGGAAAAUACAAACAGAAUAUCGCAGACAGACAGAGAUAGUGCUACAAUAUAGUUUUACAUACGUGAGAUCACAACUACUUUGAUCACUUGCCUAAACACUAAAUAAUAAUAAUAAUAAAAUUAAUAUAUUACACGUAAUGACGACUUUAUACACAAUAUGAUAUGCCGAUGAAGAAAUCGAU